AUGGUGAAGGAGGAUAGGUUGAUUAUUGGCGAAAGUUGGUUAAAGGAUGGAUUAAAGAAAGACAAAACCUUACAAAUUGUUUAUUCUAUAGCACCAAAGGGUCGAUUUCAUUUGGGUUUCGUUGUUCCGCUUCUCAAACUAAAGAAGCUACAGUCGCUGAAAAGAGUUUCAAUGACGAUAAUUUUGGCAGAUGUCGACGCUUUUUUAGACAACGAAAAAUGCGCCUGGAAUGUGCGUGAGGCGCGUUGUGAUUAUUAUACCAUGAUGCUGCAUCAGAUUUUCGCCUUGUUAAAUUUAAAAGAUAUUAAAAUUAUUCGCAGUUCAAGCUAUCAAUUGGAGCCAAAAUAUACUUUGGAACUUUACCAAGUGGCUUCGAUAGUGACUCGUGAUGAGGCUGCCCUUCUUGAGGGAGUUAAUUUGGCUUCAUUGUUGUCACCACUGUACUUCGCCAUCGAUCACUAUCACCUGGAUAUCGAUAUUGUCAUCUUGGGUGAAGAUAUGCGCCCGUAUGCCGAAUUCGCUGAGAAGGUGUCACGACAUCGAGGGCAACGGCCAAGAGCACAAAUUCUUCUCCCAGUGUUACCCUCUAUAUCAGGUCGUAAAAUGUCCGCAUCAGAUCCGGAGUUCCAUUUGGAUCUGCUCGACAGCCCGAAGCAGAUCAAACAGAAAGUUGCUCGAUCAUUUUGCGAGCCUGGCAACCUUGCCAAUAAUAUUGCUUUCGAGCUUGCGAAAUAUUUUGUCCUUCCCCUCCUCGAUUCUGAACUGACAAUCGAGCGAUCCGAAGAAAAUGGUGGAAAUGUGAGGGUUAGUAGUUGCGCUGAACUGGAGAGGAUUAUCGUGAGUGGGUGCUUGCAUCCAGCUGAUUUGAAGGCAGCAGUUGUAUCGGAAAUCAACCGUUUUUGUGAUCCAAUUAGAGAACAUUUUUCAUCUCGGCUCAAGCUAAUCUCCGCCGCAUUCCCAAAUAAAAAGCGCGGAAAAAAGUGA